ACCCUCAUUCCUCCACCAUAGUCCUUGGAAGACCUCCGGGGUCAGCUACAACACCAAAAAUUGCACCCCAACUACUAUGGCGAUCCUGCCGUCCCAGCCGGGCAUCAAGAUCUCGAUUGUCUGCAACGGAGCCAUCCUGCAAGAAUAUGAGGACGACGACGAAGAGCCAAACCACGCUGUGGUCUCCAAGUACAUAGAAGCAGUGUCGGGUGCGGAAUUCGGCAUCCGCUGGGACGUGUCCUCGCCGUGGCCUCCAUAUACAAUCUUGUUCAAAUACUACCUUGACCAGAAGAAAGCCAGCGACAGGUACUGCAGGCUGGAGAACUUCAAGCACCCCUCGUACAUCUACACUGAGGAAGGAGCUACUAGCAUGGUGAACGGGCAGGGCUAUCUGCACAGAUUUGCGUUCGCAGCGCUUACUGUUGAUGACGCUGGUGCGCCUGUCCCCGAACAGCUGAUGAAGGAUAUUAAGGGCAUGGGCGAGAUCACCGUGAAAGCCUUCUUCGUCGCGGUGCAGCAGACAUCAUCUGUGGUCGAUCGUGCUCUCGACAACAACAUCAGGGAGGUCGGCAAAAUUCCAGAGAAGGCUCUCAAGGGCAGGUCGCUGUCUCAUCAGACUUCUCUACGAGCCCCGCAAGCGAUAGCCAAGUUCUCAACGGCGACCUGUGACUACAUUGACCCUGCGAGGAAGUCAUUCGCCACGUAUACCUUCAAGUACCGCUCUAGAGAUGCACUCAAGUCCCUCUUGAUCAUUCCACGAAGCCCCAGCCCAGUGCCGCUCGAGGACCGAGAUGUCGACACAUUGAGCGCAGCAGAGAUGCGAGAGCUUCUGCGAAGACAACGAGAACGCGAGGCAGAUGCUCGAGCUAUAAAGCAAGAACGCGGCAUCAAGCGCGAACUGAAUUGUGAGCAAAGCAGCACAUACACAGACGAUACCGACGACGACGAGAUCAGCAUUGUGUCGACGAAGAGACGCCGCGAGAAUUACCUGAUUACCGUUAACGAGAACGGUGUAGAGGAAAUUGAUCUCACCUGAGCAGGUCCGCCCGCUACGCAUGGUUGAAUGCCUCCCGGCUGACGCAUAACUCCAUAACGACUUUCUCACUUUUUGGCGCACAAAUGGAGUCCACGAUGGAUAUGGCACGGUAUAUACCCCAGAUAAGGCGUUAUCUCAUUAUUUCAAUGGAUUCAUGUAGCUCAAGGCUUAUUGAGGCCCAUUCACCUAGCCUCUGCUGUCCCAACCUUUGUGUCACCUAGUAUUGUUCUCUCAGUUACCCAAGAUCAAGCCUCAUCCACAGCCGUUUGCCAGUGCCUUAUAGUCGCCUCUCGCCCACCACCAAACUUCGAAUCCUCUUCAACACCACCUGGUCACGAUAACAUGGCGAUCACA